UGGGGAAGCAGGUGUGGCAAUGAUGAAGCGGGGGCGGCAGGUGUGACGCUUGGCAAGGCUUGGUGCCACGCGACGCCUGCUGGCACUGCUCGCCGCUGACUAAGCAGGGAACAAGCGGGGAAUUCGUGGAUAAGUGAUCUGAAAAAUAGAUUAAAAAGUAGAUUAAUAGUGUCAGAGGUUAAAGAAAAAAAUUCCUGAAGAGAGGGAGAGAGAGAGAGAGAGAGAGAUAAAUACAAUUGUGAUAAAUCAAAGUAUAGUGAUAAAAAAAAAUAAAUAAAGAAGCAUGUAAAAAUUGCCGUACUUUUUUCCCUCUCCUCUCAAAAUAUAAUUCCUGAAGAGAGGGAAAGCGAGAGAGCGAGAGAUAAACAACACUGUGAGAAAUGCAAUUAUAGAAACAUGUAAAACUAUCGGACAUUCUUCCCUCUCCUCUCAACCCUUCCCUGUGUUACUUAUCUCACGUGCUCCGGGGUUAGGGCAAAUGCAUAGAAAACGGGGUGAGAGUUGGUAAGGCUCACGAGGCUCACGAGGUUCUGCUCAACGGACCACGACAGACUCCCUGUAGCCUGUCCGUCCUCCCCCUCACCUCACCUGACCUGCCUACCUGCCUGCCGCCGCGCACCCUGACAGAGGAGAAAGACGCGGAUGAACAAGAUGACACAAGACGGCGUGGCGGCAGCUGUGGCGGCCGUUCACUCCCCUCUCACCACGCCAUCCCCAGCAGGCCCCUCCCCCGCCAUGGCUUCCGUCCCCACAGACCUCCCCGGGACCUGCAAUGUGACCUACUCCGAUAAGUUCGAUUCCCGGCUGCUGUGGUACGAGGACCAUAUUGUUGGCGGCUUUCUCCUUCUGGUUGGCAUCACGUCACUGCUGGGGAAUGGCACCACUAUUGUCAUGUUCUACCGAAAGCUGCGCCACCUCACCGCCGCCGAGGUGCUGCUGCUCAAUAUGGCAUUGAUGCACCUCUUCCUUGCCAUCUUCAGCUACCCGUGCCCGACUAUCUCCAGCUUCGCCCAUCGCUGGCUCUUCGGCAACCUGGGGUGCCAAAUAUACGGGUUCGUUUGCUACACGCUCGGCAUCGCCACCAUCCUGUCCAUGGUGGCCCUGGCGGUGGUGCGGUACCUGAAGACCUGCACACACACCUACAGUAGAAGACUCACGGCGCAGCAUAUGAAGGUGGUGCUUCUGUCAGUGUAUCUCUAUUCCCUAUUCUGGUCAAUCCUGCCCUUCUUGUCCCUCGCCAAGGCCUACGAGGUGGAACCCUUUGGGACGUCCUGCACCUUACACUGGGCCUCCGACGAGAAGGCCACGCAAGUAUACAUCCUGGCGGUGGUGGUGAUGGUGGUGGUGGUGCCCUUCAUGGUGAUGUUCUGGUGCUACCUGGAGAUCCUGCUGAUGGUGAAGCGCAAUCACCGCAAGAAGAUGAUCAUGGCCAAGCGAUCUGGAGGCUCCCAGGGACGCACCGAGCUUCAACUGACCCUGGUGUCAGCGCUCGUGUGCCUGGGUUACCUGGUGGCGUGGCUCCCCUACACCGUGGUCUCUGUCUCCUACGCCUUAGUGAGACGGGAGGCGCCUGUCUACUUCGCCCUCGCUCCCGUCCUCCUCGCCAAGUCAUCCUGCGCUUACAAUCCUAUCGUCUACGUCUUCGUCAACGCCAGAUACAGGCAACAGAUGAAAGAUAUCCUGUGCGAGGCCCUGGAGACCCUCUUGUGUUGGUGCACCUCCAAGCAGGAGAACACACAGGCUCAGGCGGCAGACACCUCGCAGGAUAUCAACUCAUCCCGCACCCUCGGCAUGAACCAGGAGUCAGUGAUCAUGGAGGAGGUGCAGCCGCCUCACCAAGACUGCAGCCGCCUCCACCAAGUCCCUCAACUCCACGCAGGCUACCAUGCCCGCCUCCCUGGACACCACCACCCUUGCCACCACCCAUCAGAACCCUCGCUCUCCUCACGGCAGAACAACAAGGAGGAGGAGGAGGAGAAAGACCAGGAAGUGAAGGAGCAGGAGGAAGAAAGGGAGGAGGCAGUGUCAUCUCCAGGGACGCUAACUCCAGUCCAGAACGCAGCCACUCCUCCUGAGAAAUCUCCAGCGCGAAAUUACAGUGUCUUUCAUUCUCUGUACGACUUUCCCGAGGGCGCUGAGAGGUGCAGAGAGUGUGAGGAGGCGUCCUGUAAUCAUUCUCAGCAACAAUCGCCGGAGGGACCAAAGGAGCAGCCAGGCAGCGUUUCUGAUGAUCACAGUGAACGGACGGACUAAAGGCUCGGGGACUGGAGACACGGGAGAGAGGCUUCAACUAUUAUCUUCUCUGCAGUUUCCUUUGAGUGCGAAGUUUCUAUCCCCUCCCAGCCACGCAACAUGCCUGAAGGUUCGCUGGGGACUCAGAGGGAGGCGAGCAUGGUGAGCAAUAGGAUGAAUAUCUGUGGUCCCAUUUGUAGACGAUCCGCGGCAGUGUUAAGGCUGAAACGAAAUCCAUGUUCAAGAGCCUUCCUGUGUGGUCUGAUACCCUCAAAUACGUCCUCCUGCUGCGUGUGUAGCGUGCUGGAACACCAAGGACGCUAAGGAAGCCAGACUGAGAAAUACGCCAAGCAAGUCUUUCCAUGCCCGCCAGUUCUUCACCUUCAUAUGACUUACGGGAAGAAGACAAAACUACACCACAACGUCCCCAGCGUACCACGAGUAGGUAACGCUCCAGUGACGCUCCAGGGUGACGCUCCAGGGUGACGCUUCUGGAUAACGUUCUUUGCUGACGCUCCAGUGACGCUAUUGGCUGACGCUCCAGGGUGACGUUCCUUGCUGAUGCUCCAGUGACGCUCCAGUGUGACGCUCCAGGGUGACGUUCCUUGCUGAUGCUCCAGUGACGCUCCAGGGUGACAUCUAAAUGGCACUCUUGGGUGACGCUCCUUAUUGAUGCUCACGCCGCCGUAUCCAGUCACAUGCACCGCCCCACUUUGUACCGAUAUACUGAAACUCUUCUGCGCCUCACCUGCACUAUUUUCAAAAGACUGUUUGAAGUUACACGAGUUUUUUAGUGAUGUUUCUGUGAUUCUAGUGACCGAUUAACAAGACUUCUACAUUAUUAACGGGAAAAAACAGUCUUGAGAAAUCGGCUAAUCAUCUCUGUGGUCUUGGAAAAUAGUCGUGGUGAGAGAGCACAGUGUUUCUGAGCCUUUAUCUCACGGUUGACAUGGUUUGCUUCGAGGUUCGUGUGUGGCAUCUCAAGUGGGUGGCGCGACGACGGAAGGUGGUGUGCAGGACAGUGCUGGAAUGGGAAGGCGCACACGUCUCAACCUCUCACAGUGCAAGCUUGAGUGCUGCUGCGAGUGACGUUAGAUUACGUGUGUGUGGAUGUGGGAGUGUGUUGAUAGGGGUGUUUUUGGGUAAGGGUGGUUACUGUGGUACAACGAGGAACGCAUGGCAUUUAAGAAGGUACGUACCGUUGUAUUCAAAUCAACUGCUCGCACGUGUGUGUGUGUGUGUGUGUGUGUGUGUGUGUGUGUGUGUGUGUGUGUGUGUAUUUCAGUAUCAGCGAAUCCCGUGCCGGUCCAGUGUGUGUGGUGUGUAGUAAAUAAAAUCCAUCCAUGUUCAUGGCCACAAGGGAAUGCAUUUCAUCUGUUUGAGUAGAUUUUUUUCGCUUUGAAAUUACUCAAAAGUAACCCAGAGCUUCAAUUACGUAAAAAAUCCUUAACAUGUACCCAAAUUCCUAGUUACGUAUCACACAAUAUUACUACACAAUCUAACAUACAGGAAAUAACUGAAACGUAAACAGAAUAUUUCAGUACAACAUUUCCACGGGAAGUAUAUGUGGAGGUGACCAGAGAAGUAAUAUUCUACUCUACACUAGAGUAGAUUUUCUGUUAAAUUUUCUGAUAUGAAGUCUCGCUGUAACUACGUGUUCGGUAGAAAUAAGAAUCCAGCCAGCACAUGUGAAGUCACUGUUAAUUAUCGAGAAACAUAUCGCCCUCCCCUCCACUGUGUUUACUGUUUCUCAUCAAAUCCUGCUGGUCAGUACAUCGCUUUGGCUUCAUUCCAGUAUCAUUUCAAGAGCAUAUCAAGUUUGAAAUGUUAAGUGUUGUAAUAUAUGCGGAAAGUAUCGUUAUUUUCUAAUACACUUAUGCUACUUUUGACUCUUAUGGAUGCCAUUACAAGAGUGCUGUGUUGCAAUAAAGGCGAGAAGUAUCAUUAAUUUGUUUUACACUACUACCACAUAUGAUUCUUAACACUAAUUUUUCUAAUUACUCAUCCACAACUAUUACACCUCUAUUAACUCCUAUCUUACUAAUGAUGACUAUUGUAACUCCUCACCCACUGCUAUUUCAUCUCCGAGCCUUUACUUACUACAUGAUUUUUCUAAUUUCUCUUUCCUUACUAAUCAUUAUAUGAAGCUCGGUAACUGCCUUUAUUGAGCGGAAGUAGUCCUCUGAUCUGCUGGAAAUCCGGUGGAAGUCUCUCACCUGUAACGUUUGAUAAUACUGACAGUUCGGAUAAGAUGACGAAACACUGAGGCAACACACGAAACACAGUGGCGGAGAGUGUGACACGUUAACUCCCGACUGAAGCUCUGGGCGGUAAUGAGGGAACGUUCCUAUGAAUACUGUAAUACCACGACCAAUCAAUCUCCAGCACCUACACCCCAGUCAGCAGCCCUCACCCCCACGCCACUUUAUCCUUCCUGCACAGUACACAAUUGCCAUGCCUGUCAGCUCCAUAACUCCACUCAUAUCACGAGCUGUGUGUAAUUUUACUGUUCAGUGGACAAUGCCCGAGCGAGGGGGAAAAAGAAGACACGGAAAUAUGGACUGGAAUUCCCUCCCCCCCACCCUCACACGCCACACACACAUACAUAUUUAAUCUCGCCAGCUAUUCACCGGCUACCUGUUGCAUCACUGAGUGGUUAAGAGACGCCCUUUGCCACAUUCCAUUACCUUUGGGAGUGGAAAACGAUAUGAAGUUUAGCGUGUGAGUGUUGAGUUGAAUUCAUAUCACGUUUAACUUUUCCCUCCCAAGUUUUCGUGCUCUUCCUUCUGUCACUUCGCGUGUGUAUCUUCCUCUCCUUCACUCCAAGCAUCAUGGAGGUUUAGGAAAUGGUUUUGCGUGCGUGUGAGUGCGUGCGUGCGUGCGUGCGCUACUCCUGUGAUGAUAAAUGAUCAGAUUAAGGUAUUUUUGUAAAUCAUUUGAAAAUAGGUACACUCACUGUCAGAGAGAGAGAGAGAGAGAGAGAGAGAGAGAGAGAGAGAGAGAGAGAGAGAGAGAGAGAGAGAGAGAGAGAGAGAGAGAGAGAGAGAGAGAGAGAGAGAGAGAGUACUCAUCUAUACCACAAACUUAGAACUGAAUAAAUAAAAACAUAAAAAGAAUAAAACAAUACAAAAACCCACUAACAUAUCUUUACAUUCCCAGUACUUUCCCUGAGCUGCUGUAAUCCUCCCCCACCUGCCAGUCUCCCUCCUUCCUUCCCUUUCUGCCAAAAUCCAUAUCUUUGCGCCCAUCUUUCUUCCCUCAUGUUACACUUUAUCCCUCUCUCUAGACCAAAUCCACGAGCCAUAAUGCUCUCUCUCCGUCUCCCCACCACUCAGCGCUCUCUUCUCUCCCUCCCUGCACACUCCUACUCUCUCACUCCUACAGGCACAUUCUUGCAGCGUCAUUUUAUCUCCUACACUCAAAGGUUUUCAAGUAUAAGACCAUCAAAGUGCUCUCUCUCCCUCUCUCCUGACGCAGACUCACGCAGUAGUAGUUUUAGCCAUUAAAGGAUGUGUUAAGGGGCUGCUGGGUGGGAGGAAAAGAAGAUAUACGUAAUCUUUUUCAUUUACAUUAUUUUCUGAGCCCCCCUCCGACCCCCCAGCUCCCUCCCAUGUCCUGCUGCUCCAUCUCGCACACACACACACACACACACAGUACAGAGAGAAACAUCUACUCAGAAUUUCUUAUCAUGAUCAUUAUUAUUGUUGUUGUUGUUGUUGUUGCUGUUACGACUAUCAUCAUAUCACGUGUUUACUGUGUGUUGUGGCAAAUAAUGGCAAAGAAAUAUAUAUAUCUAUAUCUAUAACCUGCAAAA